AUGAACCCACUUCUCAUAAUAUUUCUAGUCCUUCAGGAUGUGGAGGGUAGUAGUGCCUAUGUGAACUACCGUACCUCAGCCAGCGCGGCCAGUAUUGCUAUAGACAGAUUGAAGAGGGAAAAUCGAUUGGUUGGAUAUGAUUUCAAUUUUACAAUCUUAUUCGACCAAUGUGAAGAGAACGUGGCCGCUGGAAUGGCAGUCAAACUAUUCGCUAACCAUAACGUGGAUGUGUUAAUUGGGCCGACAACUAAUAUUCCCGCCGUCCCGGUUUUCAGUCUGGCAUAUUUCUACAAUAGACCUGUUAUCGCUUGGGGCAUUACGUCAUCAGCGGCACUCGAUGAUGCUACAAGGUACCCAACUGCUGGAAUCAUGUCGAUUGGAUCUAGAAGUCUCGCCGUUGCAUUCCGUGAAGUCAUGCUAGAAUACGGAUGGGACCAAUUUGUAUACGCCUACUCCUUGGAAGGCGAUGAUGAGAAGUGUGAAACAAUGAGAGACGAUUUUCAAGACAUGAUUGCCUACUACCAGGAUAUUGUGAUGUCGUACACUGUACAGAUUACGGAUCACUCGGAAGCGGGAAUGUUGGCAGUGUUGAAAGAUGCAUCUACUAGAGGAAGAAUAAUCGUUCCUUGCUUCCAUGAGGGAAACUCUCGAGGUCUGCAUCGACGAUGGAUGUUGGUAGCAGCGAGAAAUGGAUUCGUUUCCGAUGAAUAUGUCUAUAUCUUUCCCUCGUUGAGGUCCAAAGGAUACGUGGUUCCGCAGCCCGGUGGAACUGUUCGAUACCCUUGGGAAGAGCCUGGGAAGGGACCUCAACCCAGUGAUCAAGAAGCCCUCAUUGGAUUUCAGAGAUCUAUUUUCAUUGUAGAUAUGCAAGGCCAAGGAGGUGUGGGCGCAAACUAUUCACAAUUUGAGGAAGAGGUGAUUCAAAGGAUGCGACAGAGCCCCUAUAACUGCACAGAUGCCUGUUCGGCACCGGAGUAUCAACAGACCGCAACGUAUGCCGGACAACUACACGACGCCGUAUAUCUGUAUGGAUUGGCAAUGGAAAAAAUUUUACAAGAGGAUCCCAAGCAGUACAGAAAUGGCACUGAAUUUCCGAAAUAUCUAGUUGGGACUUUUCAGGACAUUUGCAUUCCAGGAAUCGCUGGAAAAAUCAGUAUUGACAAUACUGGAGGACGCAGUCCAACCCUAUACGUUCUCACGUUGGCCCAGAAUAACACCGGUUCUGUAAUUAUGACCAUAGAUGUAGAUGAACAAUCCGCAGAAGUCAGCAAGCUCUAUACAAACGAAGCCACUGCAGUUUGGAGUCAUAGGAAAGGAAUCCGCCCGUUGGAUGAACCAGUUUGCGGGUACACCGGGUCCAAAUGUCCAGCCAAUGUGUUUUUCGAAAAUAUCGGAUGGUUUAUCACAGCGAUCGGUCUUAUAAUCUUCACGAUACUUGGUGCUGUUCUAGCGUUUGUUUAUCUUUGCUACGCGAAACAGCAAGAAGUGGAGCGACAAAAUGCUUUAUGGCAAAUUCCUUUCAAGUCCAUGCAAGCUAUAACGAGGAAGAAUCGAGGAGAGCAUAGUAUGCGGAGUAUUAGUAGUGUACCGAGUACGGUAUCCUCUACACGAUCGUCUACACUUUCUGAGGUUGGCGAAACCAGGAAUUAUACGUUUUUUCAAUUGCAAAUUGAUGUGGAAUUGGAGAGGGUGGCGGCGAAGAAAUAUAGUAUCAGACCGAUUUUUGAUUCAAAAAUGUGUGCGAAUAUGAGACAGGUGAGGUUGUUUGAAAAAAAAACCACGGGUCAUAACUAG